UAGAAAUCAUAGUAGCAUUUUUCUAUGUAUCAGCGACUUACAGUAGCAUUUUGGUUGGUCAACAUCUUCUGAACAUACAGCCUUACACCAAGCUUCUCUUUAUAUAACUAGCUCCUGGGUGCUAGCAAGUUUGUUGUAUUACAAUCCCAGAAAUUCCAUAGGCAGGAGCAGUGGUAAAGUAAAAUAUAGUUAUGGAUCUGGAUACUCUCUUCGAUGCUGCCAUGGCCGGAGAUGCUGCUGCCGUUGCUGAAUUGGAGAUAGAAGCUGAUAGAUUGCACCGAUAUGAAGAAACUAUCCUUCACCUGCAAUCAGAGAAGGGAAAUACAGAACGUGUGAAAUUCAUUCUGAGGAAAUUUCCACACAAAAAUCUUUUGGCCAAGCUUAGUAGAUAUAAGCAUACAGCACUGCACUUGGCUAUAUAUGAAGGACAAACUGAAGUGGCUGAGGUCCUCAUUGAUGAGGCUCGCCAUUUGCCACCUCUAUCAGAUGAUGAUAAUAAUCCUAAACUUACUUCUUUUCAAGCUUUUCUCAGGCAAGGUGAUAAAGAUAUGGACACCGCCUUACACGCAGCAGUCAAAAGAGUAAAUCCCACUAUUGUUAAGCGGCUAGUAGAAGCCGAUCCCACUGAUACACAUAUUCAUAACGAUAAGGGUGAAACACCAAUGUAUAUAGCUGUAGAAAACGGGCUCAACGAUAUUGCAGAGAUUAUCUAUACAACUUGCACUGCUCCAUCUUUCGACGGACCUCAUGGUAGUACUGUUGUGCGUAACAAAAAUUUUGAUCAAGGUAUGAGUCCUUCAGGAACACUAUACAAAAUUAUGGAUAGAUAUAGUUUGUAUGUGGCUGCCAUUGAAGGAGAUACUGAUGCCAUAGCUAAAUUGGAGACGCAAGCUGAUAUACUCAACCAAGGGGAUUAUCAAAAGAAAUACGCAGAACGUGUGCGAGAUAUUUUGAGGGAGUUUGCAAAAAAAAAUCUUUUGGCUACACUGACUUCAGAGAAACAAACUACACUUCACUUGGCAGCAAUAUAUGGACACACGGAAUUGGCUGAGAUCCUCAUCGAUGCAGCUAGACAUCUGCAUCCUUCAGAUAAUGAUAACACUCCAGAAGAUCCAACUGCUUCUUUUCAAGCGUUUCUUCGGAAAGCUGAUAAAUUGUUGAACACUGCCUUACAUAGAGCAGUUAUGGAAGGUCACCCUUCUAUUGUUAAGCUUUUAGUACAGGCCGACCCCACUGAUACACAUAUUCAAAAUGAUGAAGGCAAAACACCAAUGUACAUAGCUGUGGAAGAAGGGUUAAACAGUAUAGCAGAGAUCAUCUCUACAACUUGCACUGCUCCAUCUUUGCUCGGACCUGAUUGUAGUACUCUUGUGCGUAACAAGAAUUUCGACCAAGCUACAAGCCCAGGUGAAAGCCUAUACAAAAUUAUGCACAAAGAUGCUCUGUAUGCAGCUGCCUUUGCCGGAGAUGCUGAUGCCAUAGCUGCAUUGGAGAUGCAUGCUGAUAAACUGGACAAAUACGAAGAAACUAUUCUUCACACAGAGUCCGAAAACGGAAAUACAGAACGCGUGCGAUUUGUAUUAAGGGAGUUUGCAGACAAAAACCUUCUAGUCAAGCUUAACAAAUAUGAACAGACUGCACUUCACUUGGCAUCGUGUGAAGGACACACAGAAGUGGCUGAGAUCCUCAUUAAUGCUGCUACACAUUUGCCCCCUCCUUCUCUAAAUGAUGAUAAUCCAGUUACUGGUUUUCAAGCUUUCCUUAGGCGAGCUGAUGUUGACAUGGAUACUGCCUUACAUGAAGCAGUUAGGAAGGGUAAUGUGGCACUUGUUAAACUAUUAGUGGAGGCCGAUCCAAGUGAUUCACAUACACAGAACAGUGAAGGUGAAACGCCAAUCUAUAUAGCUGUCAAAAGGGGGUACUAUGAUAUAGUGAAGGUGAUCUGUACAACUUGCACCGCUCAACUUGAUUUGGAUGGUCCUGCUGGUAGGACAACUGUUUUGCAUAUUCUUAUCAAGAAUCUCGACCAAGGGACUAAAGAAGAAAGAACAGAUGUGAUUAAGUUAAUCAUUAAAGCCUUCAAACAUGCAAAUAAGCAUGGGACCUCAGACGAAAGAUCUAAAAGGUUGAUGCAGUUCUUCAAUAAGACUAAUGAGAAGAGAUGUACGAUUUUUGAACUAGCGGUGGAGGAAGAUCAUUUGGACGUGGUUCGAUUAAUAUUAGAGAAAAAUCCCGCUUAUCAUAGGCCAGACAGAUAUCCUGAUUUAAUUGGUAUCAUGCCUUUAAUUUACAAAGUCAUGGACAAAGAAAACAAUGCGAUGUUCAAUUUACUCACCAGAGCAUAUCAAAAGGGAGUUCGAAUUGUCGAAUCCCAAAUGACGGUCGAAACCCGUGAGGCUGCUAAUAUGCACAAAAUGAUCUCUGCUAUUGAUAGCCGCAAGGAAGAAUAUGUCCUCAGCCUGCUAAAUAAUCGGGGUGUCCAAGAUCUUGUUACCUUUUACGACAAUCUAGGAUGGACAAUACUUCAUCAUGCAGUGUAUUACGAGCAUAAUUCCAUAAUUGGAAUCAUAAUAGAAGCACAAAAAACAUAUGGACAUGGAUUUAUAUAUCCGGAUAAGACAUCAACACCCUUCCAUAUAGCAGUCCAGAAAGGAUAUGUUUCUACCAUGAAACUUCUGUUAAAGUUGUGGCCAUCUUCAUCUUCUGCAUAUAUUGAUGUUGAUAAAAACGGAAGAAAUAUAUUACAUUUAGCAGCAUUGCAAAAUGGAAAAGAGAUGAUUCAAUGCAUUUUAAAAUAUUGUCCACAAAUUAACAAAGAGUUUGUGAAUAAGAAAGAUGAAGAUGGAAAUACACCUCUUCACUUACUUAUUCGUGGUGGUUGCUUCAUUCCAGAAUUCCUUAGAUAUCAAGGACUUGAUAUAAAGAUAGCAAAUGAGAAAAGAUGGAUUCCUCGUGACAUGUUGUAUUUUCAAGAUCAAAUCGUUGAAGAUCAGGUGCAAAUCAGGAUUUCACUUGAUGGUAUCAAAACUGAUCCUACAGGGGAUAGUAAAUUUUCUCUUUUUGUACUCCCAAGUAGACGAAUGAGAAAAGAUGUGAUUCUUGAUAGACAAGCAAAACUGAUGAUACAAGAAAAGUAUACAAGGAUAAAAGAAGAUCCUGAUGUCAUUGCCAAUUGUUUUGCCGAUGCCAUUGCCGGAGAUCCUAUUUCCAAAGUUGCAUUGAAGAUGAAAGCGGAUAAACUGAAUGAAUGGGGAGAAACUAUCCUUCACGUUGAAUCAAAGAAGGGAGAUAUAGAAAACGUGCGAUUUAUUGUGAGUGAGUUUGCAAACAAAAGCCUUUUAGACAAGAAAAAUAGAUCAAAACAAACUGCACUUCACCUUGCAUCACAACAUGGACACACUCAAGUGGUUGAAGCUCUCAUUGAUGCUGCCAGACUUCUGCCUAAUGAUGCGCAUAAUCAAGUCACUUUUCUUCAGGAUUUUAUUAGGCAAGCUGAUGCUCAAAACGGGAACACCACAUUACACCUUGCAGUCCUUAAUGAUAACAUGGCGAUUGUAAAGCUCUUGGUGGAGGCUGAUUCAAAUGAUAGUCAUGUUCAAAAUGAUGAAGGCAAGACUCCAAUCUACAUAGCUGCUGAAAAUGGGUACAAAGAUAUAGUGAAGGUGAUCUGCACGACUUGCACAGCUCUGUCUUUAGAUGGUCCGAGUACCGGGAGGACAACUGCUUUGCAUGCUCUCAUGCAGAAUAUAGACCAAGAAGGAACAGAUGGAGAGAGCGAUGUGAUUAGGAUGAUGGUUGAUGCAGCCCAACGCUGGAGUAGAGCACAGAUCGCAUCAGCUACUGAUUUUGAAGCAUUAUUUAGUAGAACAGAUGAGCUCGGAAGAACUGUCUUGCAAAUUGCUGUGGAGAGAAAAGAUGUGAACGCUGUUCGACUGAUACUCGGAAAAGAUCCCGCCUAUCAGCGUGGUGGUGAAAUGAAAAGAAAUGGUCUUAUGCGUUUAAUCUGCAAGGCCAUUGAUGACGAGUGUAGUGAUAAUAUUAUCACAGCACUCUCUCAAACAUACAAAGCUGGAAUAAUUGACCAUGAUCCCAACGACGUGCUUGCCUUAAUUCGUGCUAUUCAAGACCUUGAUAAAGAUGCUGUAUUACGUCUAUUGGGAAACGCUCAAAAUCUCGCAACUUUUACAGAAGAUAAUGGUUGGACACCGCUUCACUAUGCUGUGUAUUACGAAUUUGAUGUCAUACUUGAUGCCAUGAUAAAAGCACAAAAGGAUGUGGGAUACCCAUUUGUUUACAAAGAUAUGGAAGCAACGCCAUUUUAUGUAGCAAUCGAACGUGGAUAUACUUCUACAUUGAUACGACUUAUGGAAUUAUGGCCAACUUUGUCUUCUGAUGCGAACUCUCCAUACACAUUCCUUACUCAAGAUGGUCAAAAUAUACUACAUAUGGCAGCUGUUGCUCAUGCUGCUGAAAAUAGAAAAGCUGUUGCUCAUGCCGUUGAUACUAGAAAAGCUGCUGCUGAUAACAGAAAAGAGAUGGUACAAAGUGUUCUGAAGUAUUGUCCGAAUAAAUACAAGGACAAGAUUUUGAAACAAAAGGAUAAAAAUGGCGAUACUCCUCUCCAUCUACUUAUCUCCCAUGGUUGUUUUAUUCCCGCACUAAUAAAACAUAAAGGACUUGAUACAAUGGCAAGAAACAAGAGAGAUUUUACUCCUCGAGACAUGCUCUACGUUGAAGAUGCUACUGUUGUCGAUCAGGUGCAAAUUAAAAUUGCCCUUGACGAGGUCCUGACUAGUAAAUCAGGCUGGAAGCUUUGGGGUAGAAAGAUAGAGAAGAAAGCGGAUAUUUGGAGAUGUAAUAAAACUCCUCCAAGUAAACGAAAGGAAAAAGAUGUGAAAUUUGAGGGAGAGAAGAAGAUAUUAGAGAAGCAGAGGACAAGAGAUCGGAAAACAUAUCAAAUCAGGACCAACACCCAAAUACUAGUUACUGCACUGACAACCACAGUAGCUUUUACUGUAGGAUUUACUAUGCCGGGUGGUCUCCAUCAGAGUGGUGAGCAUGAUGAAGGACUAGUGAUUCUUUCUAGAAAGACAGCUUUUAAAAUAUUCAUGGUCUCAGACGCACUAGCUCUACUGAUGUCAACAUCUUCAUUAUUUUUCUACUUUCUUGAAUCGAUGAAUGAAGAUCUCCAGCAAGUGUCACUGCUUAAUGCUUCAUCAACUGUGCUGAACAUUCUUUCUAUUUCGGCAAUGAUGGUGACUUUUAUUGCAGGAACGUAUGUGGUCUUAUCCGCCACACCAGUUCUUGCCAUAGCCAUUUGCAUCAUCGGUUCUCUCUUUUUUUUUCUUAUUCUUAUUCUAUGGAUCAUGAAGAUAGUAUUUGACCGUUACAAAAGAAAUAAAGAUUGAGUAUGCAUAUCGUUAUUUCCA